CAGGGCGGAGAGACGGGAGAGAUUUUUGCCCGGCCACGCACCUCAACUCACUACUGCGCAGCGACGACUGCCGCCUGAGACACCUACAUACCUUUACGUAUCGACGUCUGCCGCUCUACUACGCCCACGACAUCUACUACAACACCAUCAAGUCUAUCCUGCCACCAACCCUCUUCCCCACGUACAUCCGCCUAUCAUGGUUCUCGGCCACGCACACAGGCGGCACUCGCUGACCACCAGCAACCGCUCGUCCAUCGACUCUACCCGCGGCGAGGACAAUGUCACCAACGAAGAUGAGACAGUCGUGGACGCGGAUCAAGGAAAUAUGCUCACGCAUAUCAUAUCCCAACUCCGCCCUGGCGCAGACCUAAGUCGCGUUACACUACCUACCUUCAUCCUGGAGCCGCGAUCGAUGCUGGAGCGCAUAACGAAUUUCAUGGCCCAUCCCGAGACCCUGCUACCGAUGCCGGCGAUUGACGACCCGGUGGAGCGAUUCGUGUCGGUGGUGAAAUUCUACCUCAGUGGUUGGCACAUCAAACCUCCUGGCGUCAAAAAGCCUCUCAACCCCAUCCUCGGCGAAACCUUCACAUGCUACUGGGACUACCCGGAUCACACGCGCGGACUUUACAUCUCAGAGCAGACGUCACAUCACCCGCCCAAGUCAUCUUACUUUUAUAUGGCACCAGAACACCACAUCCGCAUUGACGGGACGCUGAAGCCCAGGAGCAAAUUUCUAGGGAACUCGGCGGCAUCAAUGAUGGAGGGAAUAGCAGUCAUGCGGUUUUUAAACCGAGGAGAACGAUACUUCAUUACGCAACCGAACAUGUACGCGCGGGGCAUACUGUUCGGUAAAAUGAAAUACGAACUCGGCGAUCACAGCUUCGUGCGGUGUCCAGAGUCCGGACUUUCCGCCGAUAUUGAGUUCAAGACGAAGGGGUAUUUCGGCGGCACAUACAAUGCCAUCGGAGGCUUCAUCAAAGACACGAAAACAGAUACCAAUCUCUACGAGCUGAGCGGGCUGUGGACUGAGGAGAUGUACAUUAAAGACCUCACUACUGGAAAGAAACAACUCCUCUUCGAUGCGACCCACGCGCGUGAAACACCGCCCAAAGCCCGUCCAAUCUCGGAGCAAGAUGAGCGCGAGUCCCAACGGCUAUGGCAAAAGGUCACAGCCGCGAUCAAAGCACGAGACCAGGACACGGCUACGGACGAAAAGUCAAGAAUCGAGGAUAUGCAGCGCGAGGAGGCGGCGAAGCGGCUAGACGACGGUGUGGACUGGCACCCGCGGCUAUUCCGACAAGUGAAGGGUGGACAUGGAGGGAGCGAGGAGGGCGAAGAAGACCUGGACUUCAUCAUUAACGCGAAGAUCGACGGCAAAACCCCUGAAGAACAAACCAAACAAAUCCUCCAUAUUGCCGCCAUCCUGCCCGGUCAAGAAGCCCCAAACCGUAGGUUCUCGAUCCCAAGCCGCAAGUCUAGCCGCGAAUCCGUCUCCCAUUCUGCCCACCAACACCCUCCUUCUCAUCCGCAACAGUCCAUCCCUGAAGACCUUAUUGAUUUCGGCGGCGACUCAGCCACUCCGGCGACGGCCGCGUCGGCGCAGCAGCAGCAGCAGCCAAACCAUGCCGACCACGUUGCGCAGCAGCAGCACCCCGGCUUGCAGGAGCCGCUCGUGCCCACUCAGAGCCCCGCGCCUCAGCAGAAGCAGAAGCAGACGCGCGGGAUUGAGCACACGCUUGUGCGCACGGACAGCGAGACGGGCGGGAGCGAGGAAUUUGUGGAUGCCGAGUCGUGAGUCCCUAUUGCCUACUUCAACGUAGAAAAUAAGGCCCUGCUGCACGCGCGCGGGAGUUGGGGAGGGGAGGUGCGGUGGGUGGGCAAAAACCUUUUGGAAUUUCGGCGGGCGGUAGAGAGAGAGAACUCACGACACGGAAACGUAAUAA